AUGUCAGUCACGCCUGCUGUUUCAAUCGCAAUUCUAGUCCUCACUCUCUUCGUCGUCUUUGUUGCUAUCGCAUUGUACUUGAGAAGCCAAGUGCAGGUCUUCAUUCGCGCUAUCUUUACCCACAAUCAAGAGAAGCGCGAGGCAGAUGCUUCUACAGUCGCAAACACUGGAGAACCAGUCUAA